AGAAUAUCUAUGCAGUGAGUCACUCAUGUGUGGUGUUGGACAGUGACCUGCCUAAUUUAAAUAUCACCUGCAUGGACUUCCUGUGGAGACGUCAGAUCCUAGGAUACUUGUUUUGUUGUUCGAAAUUAGGGAUAUUACCUGUACUUCUAACAACUGAGUCGGUGCCCUCGGACAAAUGAGCUGUAUUAUUCACCCAGACAUGAUCCGUGACGCUUAUCCAUUACAAGACGAAGGAUCACUUGAGUAACGAGAAAGGCGGUGAGAGAGUGGGCUGUCCUGUUUGACCUCCGUGUGUGUACACUACAGCCUUGGUGUAAUUCCUCAGCCUUGGGUUUGGCCUCAGUGUUUUGCCUGCGCUAGUGCAACAUCAGCAGUCUGAGUCCCCCCUCCCUCAACCUCUACAUCCCCUCCCUCAGUCUAGUCACACCACUCCCCCUCAGUUUGCCACACAGCUGGUGCAGUGCUGGGCACACACACAGAACCUCUGACUGUGUGCCGGGGAUGUAGAGCUCUGGUUUCAGUUAGGCUGCAGGCAGCCAGCACAGCUGUUGGGUCUGAGUUUCUUGUUUGCAUGCGGUGGCUGCCGACCGGCCGGGGCCCUUGACAACGCUGAUAUCAGCUUCUCAGGUAGGUGCAACAAGAAAUCUAGGAUGAAGACGUGAGGAGGAGAUGACACGCGGUGGAUCAGGGUUUCAACCUCACCUUCACUUUGGGAUGUUUGCCCCCCUUAUGAAAUAAACUAAGCAUAUCCUUUCAGGAAAACGAGGGCACAGAGGAAGUAGGACAGUGGAACAUUGGAAGUUGGACUUGCUAGCUAGGUACUCCAGCCUGUGGCCAUGACAGAGCCUAUGGUCCCCAAUAGCAGCUGCAGUGCUGGCCUAACAUGGGCAAAGAUGUGCAAGGAGUGUGGCCAGCAGCACGAGGGAGGACAGGAGAACCACCUGUUUGAGUACCAGGAUGAGGUAGAUGACGAGCUGGUGUGCCACAUCUGUCUGCAGCCCCUGCUGCAGCCCAUGGACACGCCGUGCGGACACACCUACUGCUUCCAGUGCCUCAGCAGCUUCCUGAAGGAGCAGGACUUUUGUCCCGUGGACCGCCAGCAGCUGCAGCUGUACCAUUGCCGGCCCUCCAGCCUGCUGGUCAGGAACCUGCUGGACAAGCUGACCGUGCUCUGUCCACACCAAGCUGAGUGCCAGCAGCAGAUGCAGCGCUGUGAGCUGCAGCCCCACUUGCACAACAGAUGUCCUGUUUUCAGAAGGCUGAGGGAGGAGGCAGAGAGGAGGAAGAGACCCCCCUGGAAUGAGCUAAAGGGGAACAGGGGGGAGGGGGAGUCAGGAGCUGAUACCAAACAUACCCGUACCGCCACCCGGGACACCCAGCCCGAGCCUGGCCUCAUCAACCCUGCCUUCGAAGAGAGCGAGGACGAGACCUCCAUGCGGUCCAGCCUGGUGGCCGAGGCCAACGUGGUAGAGAUGAUUCGGGAGGAGCAGGAGUUGGGCCUGCGUAUUGUGGGAGGAAAGGACACGCCCCUAGGCAGCAUAGUCAUCCAGGAGAUCAUCUGUGACUCACUGGCGGCCCGCGAUGGCAGGCUGGCCCCGGGGGAUCACAUUCUGGAGGUGAAUGAUGUCAGCCUGGCGUCUAUCCCACACGGCCGGGCCAUCUCCGUGCUGCGGCGGCCAUGCCCUCUGCUCAGACUCAUCGUCAUGCAGGAGAAGGGCUUCAACCCCCGUCACCCGCAACGCCCUGGCCUCGAGCACCACACUCCCUCCUCCACCAUCAUGGCCACCGCCUCCCCUCCCUCUCACAGUCCCCACAGCACCGCCCACAACCAGGGUACGGUGAUCCAGGUGACGCUGGUAAAGAGGGAUCGCUCGGAGCCGCUUGGCAUCAAGCUGAUCCGCAAGUCGGACGAGACGGGGGUCUUCAUUUUGGACCUGUUGGCAGGGGGGCUGGCGGCCAAGGACGGGAAAUUAUGCAACAAUGACAAGGUGAUGGCCAUCAACGGGCAGGACCUGAGACACGGCACCCCAGAGAACGCAGCACAGAUCAUACAGGCCAGUGAGGUGCGGGUGAACUUUGUGGUGAUGAGGCAGCCGGAGGCCCAGGAGGAGGGGGGCAGUGGGGGAGAGGGGCAGGGCCGUGUGGCUAGGAGGGCUCCAGAACCCCAGUACUUCAGACGCCCCUCCACCUACAUGAAGGAUCCACCAGGGGGCUUCUGCAGUCAGGAGAAGAUGGUGAGUCUGAAGAAGGAGCCAAGACUCUCCCUGGGCAUCACCAUCGCUGGGGGGAGGGACUGCCGCAGCCGACUGCCCGUCUACAUCACCAGUGUCCAGCCUGUCGGCUGCCUGCACCGAGACGGCACUAUCAAAAAAGAGGAUGUCUUGCUGAGCAUCAACGGCGUGGAUCUGACCCAGCUGACUUACAAUGAGGCGGUGUCGGUGCUGAAGGCCCAGACGGCUCAGGCCCAGGUGGUCCUCAGGGUCAUCCAGACCAUCUCAGAAGACCCAGAGGAUGAGGGGGAGGCCGCCAAGGAGGCAAUGGAGUCUGUGGAAAAUCCAAGGGAGGAUGACGUCAACUGGGCCCCGUUGUGGACGCGCUGGCUGGGGCUUCCCAGUCACAUGCACUGGUGCCGUGACAUCGUGUUGCUGAAGACCAAUCAGGAGAGCUGGGGCUUCAGCAUUGUGGGCGGCUUCGAGGAGAGUCAGGGACAGCAGCCGUUCUUCAUCAAGACCAUCGUGCCUGGUACACCCGCCUACCUCGACGGACGCCUCAAGUGUGGUGAUGAGAUUGUAGCUGUGAACGGAGCCACCACGGUGGGCAUGAACAACUCGUCCCUCAUCCCCAUGCUCAAGCUGCAGAAGAAUAAAGUCACACUGACUGUGGUGUCCUGGCCGGGGAGCCUGGUGUAGACACGCAUGUGUCUGCACACGAAGAUACAGACGCACACCCUGCCUUCCUCAGCUCCUGUCUCCACUCAGCCUCUUGUCUCUGCACAUACCACCCUAGAAUCUCAUUGGUGACAUUCUUGGAAAGAUGGUUACUUUUACGAUUUAUUAAUUUCACUAGGUAAUCUCUUCUGAUGUGGAUUGUAAUCUAGUUUAAUUUGCACAUUGCCCUAGCUGACUAGUGUGACUGAAUUUCACAUUUUAGUUGUUUCACUGCUUUGGUUGUUUUUGUUGUUACUCAAAAGGGCAGUUGAUUCUCUGGCUGAACAAAUCGGGCUUAUCAGGGUGAAUUGACAAUCAAAAAUUGGAAUCGUUAAUGGUGGAAACAGCCUCAUCUGUUUAUAUAUUUAUAUCACACUCACCGGACAGUUUAUUAGGUACACCCCGUUCACAAAUUGAUCCCUCCUACAGACAGUGAGUCAUGUAGCUGUGGUGUGCUAUAUAAAGCAGGCAAACAGGUUUUGAGGCAUUCAGUUACUGUUCGAUUGAACGUUAGAAUGGGCAAAAAUAGUGACAUUUUGAGCGUGGUAUGAUCGUUGGUGCCAGGCACGCCAGAUCCAGUAUCUCAGAAAAGGCCGCCCUCCUGGGCUUUUCACGCACGACAAUGUCUAGGGUUUAACAAAGAAUGGUGCGACAAACAAAAAAACAUCCAAUCAGCGGCAGUCCUGUGGGAGAAAACAGCUCGUUGAUGAGAGGUCGAAGGAUAAUGGCAAGAAUCGUGCAAACUAACAGGCGGGCAACAAACAGACAAAUAAUGGAGCAGAACAGCAUCUCGGAAUGCACAACUCGUCUAUCCACAACAUGACAGCAAGUUCAGUUUACUUGAGUGGCCUGCACAGUCCCCAGACCUCAACCCAAUAGAUCAUCUUUGGGAUUAGAUGGGACGGCCUGUUCGCAGCAUGCAUGUACCGCCGUCCAAUCUGCAGCAACUGCAUGAUGCCAUCGCGUCAGCAUGUACCAACAUCCCUGUGGAAUUUUUCCAACACCUUGUAGAAUACCCAAAGAAUUCAGGCUGUUCUGGAUGCAAAGGGGGAUCCUACCUGGUACUAGAUGGGUGUACCUAAUAUACACACAGAGGUCGGUUUAUCUGCGAUAUUACAACUAAGAAGUUUCUGAAAACGACUAACACUUUUUUUUUCUCCCCCUGGUACAUCAUUACACGCUCGAUAGAAUCGCACAAUAUGUAUGUACUGCAAUAUCUUUUUACAUGCUGUGCGACGUGCCUCUGUUUGGCAACAAUAACAGCGGUGGUAGGGUGGCGCGGAUUCCAUCUUUAAAUGUAAACUGGAAGGAUCUUUACUGUUUUGGAAUUAUUGUUUUUACCCUGUCUUGAACACUUUAAACAUUUGUUUUUAGCAGGUUUUGCUUACUUGUUCACAAUACCCAUUUGCCCCCCCCAUAUGUUAAUGGUGAUUUGAAUUAUUCAAAGCCGGGAUAUAUUUGUAGAUUUCAAAUUCAAUGGGGGGGAAACAUAUCCUCAUAAUUCCAUAAUUUGACGGUUGACUAAGUCACAUGUACCCAUCCUCUCCAACACCUGCCUUUUUAUUUUUGUACAUUUUAGAUUUUAACAGAUACUGUGUUUUAUAUAUAUAAAUCACACACACAAGGAUGUUAUCGUGGCUUCUGGUAUUUAUGAAUGAUUUAUUUCCUAUACAACUGCACUGUAAAAAUCUCUUACAUUCGGUAUGAGACAAUGCACAAAAAUGUAUUUGAUUAAUGUGGGUGCCUUGUACAUGUUGAAGGACAAAAGUUCAAACACUUGCCUUAAUUGCCACAACCAAAUAUCGUUUUUUUUCUUAAAGCUCCCACCUCAUUGUCUUACCAAUGACUAAGUGGAGGGAUGAUCUGUUCAUUGUUAUUUAGUUCAAAUGUUCACAGGAAGAACCAGGAGGAGAUCAGAGCGGCUGGCCUUAAUUGGAGCUUUAGAUUGACUUCCACUGUUCUUUUCAAGGUGUCAUAAAACACUACAGGCCUUUCAUUAAACCCUGUGAAUGUGAUGGAAGCCCUCAGUAUAGUUUAAUAUUUGAGAAAUGUAGGCAUUUUAUCCUGUGUAAUGGCUCAUCCCUGGGUUUCAUAAUGUUCUAAAACCUCAAAUAAUGUAUUUUGUAUUUUAUACAUAAUAUUUACAAAGCACUUCAGAUUAUAUUGAAUGGCUUUAAGUCCAGCAAAAAAAACAAGUAUAUUCCUCCAUGGCUGUUUGUCCACAGGGUCUGGGGCCUAGUGCCUCUCGAUGGGCCUUGCUUUACUUUUGGUACCCUGGCCUCUGGCUGUCCUGUGGCGGGGGGGGGGUUUAUCAGUCAUCUGGAGGGGGAAGUGGGCCAGGCGUGUCGCCACGAGAGCUUUAGGAGGAAUGUAAAUCAGGACAGUGGAGUCGCAGAGGACGGCUUCAAAUCAUCCCUGGUUUUCCAGCAAGAGUCAAGGACUCAACUUCAGCUCAGUGAAAGAUAUAAGGGAUGAAAUUGUUGGUUAGAAACAGUUAUGUUAGUAUCUAUAUUGAUCAAUAAAAAGCUUAUACAUACCCUUGUUUCUUAUCAUUACUGCAACCUAAUGAAAACAUUAAGCAGGAGUUAUGGGUGGUUGCUGGCACCUGCAGAUGAUGUUGACAAACAGCUGUUGUGUAGGCAUACUUAGACACCAGCAGAAACAGUUAGUCCCUUAGCUUUCAAUCAUUGAAUACCUAAAAUGCAAGCAUUUCAGCAGUUUAACUGAGACCAACAUUCUUGGUUAGAUGAUGCUGCAGGACCAUAGCAAAAUCAAUCCAUCUCUUUCCCCACAAGUACUGCGAUACAUUUGUUACAAACUGUGAUUGAAAGUACAAUAAAUUAACUUCAACACUCAAU